UGUUCGAUUGACGAUUGUUGUGUUUGCUGACAAGGAGUAAAGGAUUAUUUUCGUUUUUCCAACUCCAACUGUUGAAAAUAAUCUAAACGUACUCGUGGUACUACUUACAGCCAUAAAGAAAAUUUUCAUCAGCCUGUUUGGUUAACAAUUACAGAAGCUUAUGUUAUAUUAGCCUAUAAUGUUUACUAGAAAGAAACCAACCCCAAAACCCAAGUCACAAUCAAGAGGAGGUCGUAAUCUUUCACAGUAUGGCCUCUUUGAUAUUCCUGAUGUCAACAACAUGGGAGUUGAUGGACCAGAUGAUGAUGAUGACGAUGAUGAUGAUCUUGAGGCAGAACUUAUGGCAAUCACAGGAGACUCAAAAGCUUCCCAUCGACCUAAAAAAGGUCCUACAGGAAUCGUUUUACCGACGGCCAACCUUGACUUGAUGGUCGCAGCUAGCCUUAGAGAUGAUCCUUCUGACGAAGACGUCUCUGGAGAUGACGACGAUCCUGAUCUAUUGGAUGAGCUGUGUGCUAUCACAGGGGAUGACGGGGGUGGUAGACUAGAGGCCCCACCUCCCUCUGCCCCCUCCAAUGGUGUACAGGUGGGAGAGUUGAGGGAGAGGCUGCAGAUGUACCAGGAGGCGGAGACCAACGCUAAAUCUGCGGGGGAGUCUGCAAGAGCUAGGAGAUUUUCAAGAGGGAUAAAAACCUUGAAUGAUCUAAUCAAGCAAGCGUCAGCAGGACACACAAUCAGUGAGGAUGACAUUCCACCACCUGUUGCUGUCAAAAUAACAGCACCAAAGACUGCACCUGUCUUAACACCCACAGAAGAGCCGACUUCCCCUUUGAGACCUGCACCUCCUCCACCCAUCCCUCCACGAGGGGUGACUGGAGGGGUGGCUCUGCCGGGACUGGCCAAUCAGACAUCUCUGCCAGAGACCCCUUCAUCCCCUCCACCUCAGGUUUCUUCUGACGAGCCCAGUCCUGUCAGUCCGUCACCUGGAUCGGAAGUUCCCAGUUCACCCAAGAAGCUGUGUCCGCAACCUGAAGAACCAGCGGCUACUACUGAUAACAUUGAUAACAGUGAGACAUUGUGUCUACUAACAACCAGGAGGGACGAGUACAAAAGAGCUGCGCUUGUGGCUAAGAAGUCUGGAGACACCAAAACUGCCAUAAACUACAUUAAAAUUGCCAAGCAAUUUGACUCAGUCAUAUCGGGGUUGGAGGCAGGACAACCAGUAGACUUGAGUGCUAUGCCCCCUCCCCCCUCUGCAAGCUUUCCUCCACCAUCACAGCCAAUCACAGAGCAGCCGCGGACAGAAUCCGAGAACCAGAUGUCUGCAGACACUCCCGGUGUUGCUGCUCCGGAAAAUGACCCAGGAAUGGAUGAACCUCAAGAGUAUGUUGUUGAAAUGCCAGCUACAGUAAUGGAAGCUUUAGAACAAAGGCUAGCAAAGUACAAGAGUCAAGAAGAGGCAGCCAAAGCUGAGGGGAACGCAAGUAAAGCUCGGAGAAUGGGAAGGAUUGUCAAGCAAUACAAUGAUGCUAUAAAACUGUGCAAGGCGGGCAAGCCAAUACCUGUCGAUGAACUGCCUACGCCUCCUGGUUUUCCCCCGAUACCAGUGCCCGGGAGUGCUAAACCUCCUCCAUCCCCUCUACCAGCUGUGAAACCCCAGGUUCCUACCCCUGCCUUGUCUGUUACCCCCACUCCUGCUCUGGUCUCUCCAUCUACAUCCGCUGGAGAACCUUCGCCCCAACCAUCUACGAGCUCACCCGAUAAAACAAAUGUGCGCAAGAUGGGAGGGUCUCAUCAGGAGCGACAGUUACAACAGUUGCUGGAGAAGCAGAAACAGUUCAAGUUGGCUGCAGUGCAGGCGAAGAAGAAGGGGGAAGUGAACCAAGCCAAGGAAUACCUGAGGUUGGCCAAGGGAUUUGACAAGCUGAUAGAAGCCUCCAACUGUGGUCUGCCCGUCGACAUGGCUACGGUACCGGUGCCACCAACGGCUAAAGUAGCGUUGGAGUCGGACUUUGACAUAGUGACUGCUGAUGAUUGUGGACCAUCAUCCCCCGGAUCUCCUGGGUCUGAGGAUGACAUCCUGGAGAAACUGGAGAGAGACUUGAUAGACCAGAUGAAGAAGUCAAUGGAGACUCGGAACCAUUUCAAGGCUAUCGGAGAUGUUGCUAGUGCCAACAGGUUUGAGCAGCAAGCACUUUACUCUAAGAAGGAUUUGGACGUAGUGCGAGUGACGAGGAAACAUAAACAUCCCGUGCCACGCUUCCACUACGAGACUAGGAGCUUCUCUAUAGUCCAGUGCAACACAGAUCUAGGAGACAACGAUUUAGAGUUGACAGUCGCCCAAGGCAUCAACUAUAAUGUCCCUAACCCCAAGGAAGUGGACACUUACGUCAGAUUUGAGUUUCCAUGGCCUACUGAGGAGCCGUGGAGAGAUAAGACUGCUACUGUGUACAAUACCAACAACCCGGUGUACAACGAGAAGUUCACAAUUCCUAUCCAGAGGAACGUCAGAGCUUGUCAGAGAGUGUUCAAGAGACAGGCGGUCAAGUGUGAAAUCUGGUCCAAAGGGUGUUCGCUGUGGUUUUGCCAUGCUGGGUGUUGCUCGUCUUUUACAAGUUGUUUUUCUGCCUGCCGUGGUUUCUUCAGAGGUGAUUCUCUUAUCGGGACAGCAACAGUAAAGUUGCAACCACUAGAGACCAAAUGUGUUCUCCACGAAUCAUUUGAUUUGAUGGAAGGAAGGAAAGCUAUAGGUGGGAAGUUGGAGGUUAAAAUUAGAAUAAGGAACCCAAUUCAAACCAAACAAGUGGAGAGGGUGGAUGAAAAAUGGCUUGUCAUCGAUCGCUAGCAUCUCUUAAAUGAAUUAGCGUCCUUACUUUCCUGCUGUAAUAUUAUUGUUACUUAUUUUAGCUGUGUGUAUAUAAACUGCCAAUGUUGUUUCCUAUGUUAUCAAAUCGCAAAUAUAUAUUUUGCUAUUAUUUUAAAGAAUAGUAAUACUGUAAAUGUUAACCUAUCAACAAAUUAACAAACAAUUACAAUUUCUUUGUUAAUGGUAAGGCAGUUUUAUGAUUUUUUACAUUAUAUUUUUAGAGCACUUUGAUGAGAUUUUAAUUUUUGACUAGGAUCCUUAAAGAAUUUAUGCAAGUUUAUUAAAUUUUCCAGAUUUUUUAAGUGGUUUUUUAUGUCAAACUUGAGUGUUCUUAAUUGGUACAAGAUGAAUACAAUUACAAACAUAGCCUCCUCUAAUACUUGGAAUAUAGGGAGUUUUUAACCAAAUCAAACUGAUCUUUUAUAUCAUGACAACUAUCUAAGUACAAAAAAAAAGGAAGACAAUAUAAUUUCAGAGACUAGCAGUAUCACACUUUGUGACUGGCUCAUUACACUUUGUGACAGCUGGUUCAUAGAUGGGAUACCUCAUAGCCUCCUCUAAUACAAGGCCGUGGCGUUGGUUUGUGGCGAUAUCACACCAGCAGGCCUAUUGCCAUGGUAAUAGCUUCUGUAUCCAAUAGUCAAUGGUAAUAGCAAACGUUUUAACAUAAACAUUGCACAGACGCUUCAUGAAGAAUAUUAGUUUCAGUAAUCCAAAACUGCAGUGUGAACAGUGUGGCUAAAUGAACAACUGGUCUUAGUUAUAAAACCACACAAAACAUUUUACUCCAUUCUGUCAUUAGCUUUGGGAUUCUAAAGUAGAUUUUCAUACCCUCCUCUAACACAAGGCUGCGGCGAGAUGAAAGUGGCAACACCGCUGUCCCGUCAAAACAAAACAGCUGUUGGUCUAGUAUAUAAUGUAGAGUAUAGGCAAUGUUUAUGUUUACAAUUUUGUUAUUUCUGUUAAUACCAUGGGAAUAGGCAUGGAAACGUGACGUUUCCACACACUGGCUUUGUAUUAGAGAAGGCUAUGAAAUAUCCCAUCUAUAUGAACCAGCUGUUGCCAAAUUUUUAUUAAGAAAGAACGUAGAAUGAGCCAGUCGCAGAGUGUGCUAGUUGUAGUCUCUAAAAUUCUACUUUCUUAUUAUUUACAUGAUUUAGAUGCUAUAGCCUGGUAAAAGUACUCUUUAUCAGUUUGAAUUGGUAAAAUAUCCCCAUAUUCGGCAGAAUUGGUCAUUAAUCUGUCAGUGACUUAAUUCAAUUACAGUACAACUUCGAUUAACCGUCACUCUCUGUUGUCCGUCAUCCCACUUUAUUUCACUAUACGAACAUUGAACAAGUACAAUAUACAAAGUAACAGUUCUGUAUUACUCUUGUAUGUAAGUAAUUUAAAUAUAAACUAGUGUUCAUGUUGCUCGAAUUCGAGCAAUUGCAAAGUAUAACAGGAGUUAUUUCAAAACAAAUAACAGUCAUGUUUACAAUGAGUUUAAAAGAGUCAACUCAAAGAUUACCGGUGUGUAACUCAGACCAUGUUUAUCUUCGUUAUUGAUAAACCUUAAGCAUUCCGGCCGGUUUUCUCCUUCUCAAAAUGCCUCGCUGUACAGGCAACACAGGUCAUUGAUAGAGGGCCAAUUGAGAACGAAAAGUCGUUUUGGGGUAGUGUUAGGGCGCAUUUGUAACCUAAUAGUUGAGAUUGGCCAGGGUCAGUUGCUGACUGUGAUGAGUUAAGCCUAUUACGCGCCACUGUUCUGUAGCUGCGGUCGUUAUCACGAUUACGCCUCUUGUCUAUGUUUCGUUGUCAACACGUCCGAGGCAUUUAAAGAAAAAAAAAACAAAUAAACAAAUUAUAGCUACACAAAACAAUGGUAAAUGCACUAAAUACACAUAUUUAAGAUACAACCAUACUAACACGAUCCGUCUUGGGGGUUAUGUUUACACAAACUCAAAUACGGGGUGACAAAAAAAAAACAGGGACAAUUUAAGAAUGUUAUUACUCAGCUUUUAUAAAGGCUGGAUAGUUCAUUGUUGUAGCAAAUGAAUUUUUAUUUGAUGCCAUUUGGUGUAUAGUUACUAUGGAUUAUCAAUGGUUGCCGCAAUAUCGUGCCUUUGUCAUCAAGACUUUUUUCAAGAGUAAUUUGUCUUAUCAUUUCUACUCAGCGUCAAUUUUGUGUUCACUUCAACUUUGGCCAUAAUGGUGCAACCCCAAACCGAAUAAACUACUCAAAGAUGGGUAAACAAUGUCCUAAACACGGCUUUUGUACUCAAAAUUAAACCUAUACAAAUUUAAAUUUCAAUGCAAUGUUUUGAAAACGGUUGACUUUGGACGCUCUACGCAGCACACUCGCGCGAACCAUUUCAAUGUUUUCCAGCGUUCGAACAGUCCAAGGUAUCGACUUUGAGUGCAGAAGCCGUGUUCUGGAAAUUACUUACCCAACUUUGAAUAGUUUUUCGGUUUGGGGUUGCACCAUUACGGCCAAUGUUGAAGUGAAAGCGAAAUUGGCGUUGAGUA